CCCUCGUGUUCUCGUUUUUGUGUCCGUCUCGGGGUAGGAGAGUUCCAGUCCGCGUUGGUCUGUUGCGCGUCGAUAUUACCAGUGCCAAGUCUGAAAGUGCGCGAACGCUUGGUAUAGGUAUUCCGAUGCCAUUGAACUCGAAGUUCUCCGAUUGAAAAGCAUCUCAGGGAAACAGUGAUAGCUCUUGUCGACAGAAAAAUUCCGUAAAGUCCCGUUAAUCGCGAUGGCCGAAGAAAUACAGAAGCAAUAUGGUUGUUCUUAUACACAGGAUCACCAACACGAUGAAGAUGUGCGUCACAACGAAGAUUUACCCUUCGCGAUCACUGAACAUCAACCUUUGCACCUCGAUUGCAGUAGCGAAUUUUUACCUCAUAUCCCAUCUGUAGUGCAGAAGCGACACGGCGAAGUGUCCCAAGAGUCUUCCGAAAGGGUCACUCCGCACUUAGCUACCUCAAUUACCAGCGUGCGCACCGAUGACCAAAGCCUCGCGACAUCAUCCGCUGAGUACCAUCAACAUUCUUUGAUACAACCUGACUUUAACUUAGUAGAGGACGCGGCAUCAAUGAUUGAUCCAAACGCAUCUUUGCAGCUUGGCGCCUCACAGCAAAGAAAAGCAUAUGUUCAACAACACCAGUCUAACGACCGGCAUGAAAUGGAUGGUCAGUCUCCAACUUUAUCCAGCCUCUGGGAUCACGCAGAUGAUCGAAUUCCGAUCCACAAUAGGGCUAAUUUACGGCUCCAGGCUUUUCCGGAAGACGACACAACUGUGGCCAGUACAAAGGGUAAUAGUAUGAUUUGCUCUUUUCCUGACCUACACAACCCAAACCUGACGCCUCACCUGACGACGCGCACGCGACAAAAUCAUUGGAUACCCAUACGCAAUCCGUUUAUUUUCGGGGCCGCCGGAAGUUUAGUUCCCACGGCGAGAGUUCUCUCGGAAGAACGACGUCUGGCCUCGUUGGCUGGAGCGACAGCUUCUGUGACUGGAGAUAAGUCCUUUGUGGUGCAUAUUGACUUUGCAGUGCCUUCUGGUUUUCGCGAAGUGCUAGACGUAAUCGGGAAUCCCGAUAUGCUACAGUUGUGGUGUGAUCCAAUACGUGAUCUUAUUAUUACAAGUAGUAGUGAAGGGGCAAAGAAUGCUUUGUACCGUGAAGGGGGUGGUCCGAGUUCGAGGAAUCGCGCAUACGAGGGUGAAUGGAUUGACGCCACCGCCACGCAGCUGGUCGCACCUGCCAAUACGAGUGUAGUUUUUCGAGCCGGCCGGAUUCUUUCAGCGAUGAUGGGGUUCCCUGUAUAUGGCACAAUCACUAUGUUUGUUGAACGUCAGCGUGGACAAGUGAGCCUAACGAUUGGACCAUUCCCAGGCAAUACCGAAGUCUGUCACAAAAUAAAAGUGACUGAAACGGGACCACAAAAGAUUCGCAUUGCUGAUGAGGUCCAACUGGGUCGAAAAGAGCAUGGUGACUGCAUUGGUCGCGCGUUCGACUGGAUGCAAACGUUCUUCUUGCCUUCGACUGACGACUACAUUGAUCAAGUUUUGAGUAGCAUGGCUCGCUUAAGAUUUUUGAUCGAAAAUGGGGAGGCGACGGCACCCGCGGCUGUUGAUCAUAGUUUGAUAUCACCGUUACUUUCUCCAUCGGCUUGAGUGUCGGAGUAGUUUACAGCAUCUGUUAUGUUCUAACUGUGAGUGGUGCAACCUCCUGUAAAGCACUUAUUUUGCAAAAAAAUGAUCGUUUUGUAGGACAAUCAGUGUGACAAUACCAUCAUCAAAAAAUUUCCAACAAUACCUC